UCCAGUACAAAGAAAUGCGCCUGUCUCGCAACUCCCACGUUAAACAGUACCGUGUCCCUUUAAAAACGUCUGACAAAAAGCCCAUAUGAUCCCCGAGCUCCAAUCACCAAUUCCUUCUGCAAAAGCAGCCUCUGCAUUUUUGUCUGUCUGAAUGCUACAGCAGCACGGGGGGAAAAAAGAUUGAGGAUAAGGCAAAAACUGAAGAAAUGUGACAAUUGAACGGUCAUUUUCAUGGCGGAGGGAAAACUGGUGCGAAAGGAGUUAUUCUGGGACUCCUUGGAGCCUCGAAACGCUGGAUCAAAAUGCUCAUAGUGGAGAAGACCACAGACUUCCCCUCUGCUGAGUUCUCUCUGGUGGAGGAUGUGGCUCUACACUUCACCUGUUUGAUGGACAGGCUGAACGAGCAGCGCCUCUUCCAGCCUGACCUGUGUGACGUCGACAUCGUUCUGGUGCGUCAGCACAGCACCUUCCCGGCCCACAAGGGUGUGCUGGCGGCCUACAGCCCUUUCUUCCACUCGCUUUUCGCCCAAAGUAAACAGCUGCGGAGGGUGGACCUGUCUCUGGACGCCCUGACCUCGCAGGGCCUGCAGCAAAUCCUCAACUUCAUUUACACUUCCAAACUGCUGGUGAGCAGCCGCACUGUCCGCGACGUGCUCAACGCCGCUACCCUGCUUCAGAUGAGCGACAUCGCAGCCUCCUGUCGUGACCUCAUCAGCAGCCACUCGCUGAGAACCACCUGCGCAGAUAUGGCCAAUCAAGAAGGGCUCGGUGGCACUGACCCAGCUGCUGUAGUGAUGCCCCCCAGUCAGCUGUACCCAGAGAUCAAACAGGAGUCAGAGCUGGGGAGGGUGUACAAGAGGGAAGGAAGCAGCCCAUUCUCUGUUAGAGUGGAGGAGGCAGGCAAGACGGCUUCCCAGCAGAAGCAGUAUUACCAGAAGGAGGAUGGGUCAGGGGGCGGCGCUAGCACAGGUGUGGCUGCUUUGUGCAAAGUUGAGAGCAACGGAGAGGAGUCGAAGACCACAGAUGGCCACAUCUCCUUCAACAGAGACCAGAUCAUCGUUGAAGUCAACCUCAACAACCAGACCCUCAAUGUGUCAAAGGGAUCCGAGGGCAAAUCGGCAACCGCCACAGAGACGGCCACCAUCUUCGGUCAUUGCCAUGACAACGAGAGAGAUUCAGAAGACGAUGAGGAGAAUGAGGCUGAGAAUGACGACACGGUUGGAGAAGAGGAUGACGAUGACCUGAGGAGGGGGGAUAUGCUAGGACAGAGCAGUGAGGAGGAAGAUGAGGAGGAAGAUGAGGAAGAGGAGGAGAACACCCUAAACAUUCCAGGCUUAGAGCAGCCGGCCAUGAUCGAUCGACCUCGCAGGGGCACCAGAGCCUUUUCCAUGGCGGGUACAACUGCCUCCAUGCGGCAGACACUCACAGAGGCCACGCUGGCCAACCAGAGGCAGGGCGGGAAGAGGACGCUGGACGCAGAGGGCCUGGGACAGAAAGUGAGGCUGGAGGAGAAGCAGCAUUUCCCGUGUAAGAAAUGCCCUCGCGUCUUCAACAACCGCUGGUACCUGGAAAAACACAUGAACGUCACUCACAACCGCAUGCAGAUCUGCAAUAACUGUGGGAAACGCUUCCUGCUGGAGAGCGAGCUGCUGCUGCACCAACAGACCGACUGUGAGAAGAGCAUCCAGUGUGUAACGUGCGGCAAGGCCUUCAAAAAGCUGUGGUCGUUACACGAGCAUAACAAGAUCGUCCACGGCUACGCCGAGAAGAAGUUCUCCUGCGAGAUCUGUGAGAAGAAGUUUUACACCAUGGCUCAUGUCAGGAAGCACAUGGUCGCCCAUACGAAGGACAUGCCGUUCACCUGUGAGACAUGCGGGAAAUCGUUCAAGCGCAGCAUGUCCCUGAAGGUUCACUCUCUGCAGCACUCAGGAGAAAAACCCUUCAAGUGUGAGAACUGCAGUGAGCGCUUCCAGUACAAAUACCAGCUGCGUUCCCACAUGAGCAUCCACAUCGGACACAAGCAGUUUAUGUGCCAAUGGUGCGGAAAGGACUUCAACAUGAAGCAGUACUUUGACGAACACAUGAAGACACACACUGGAGAAAAGCCGUACAUCUGUGAGAUCUGUGGGAAGAGCUUCACGAGCAGGCCCAACAUGAAACGCCACCGCCGCACCCACACCGGUGAGAAGCCCUACCCGUGCGAGGUGUGUGGCCAGCGCUUCCGCUUCUCCAAUAUGCUCAAGGCCCACAGGGAGAAAUGCUUCCGCGUCAGCAACCCCAUGGUUACCGACGGCAACAACCCCCUCGGCCUUGACCAGCCUCUGGACUCUUCCGGUCAGGUGCAGCUGGGGGCGGCACUCCCCGCCACGUCUGUGACCACACCCGCCGCUGCCUCUAGCCCACACCCCCUCCAUGGAACCCAGCUGUCUCUCCCCCUGCUGCACUCCAUGGGAGGGCUGCCACCCACCCCUCAUUUACCCCCACCGCCUCCCCUGUUCUCUGCCGGUAGGAUGAACUCCAGCAACUAACAAAUCUCUGUAGCAUCGAAAGCACUUUUGUUACUUUUGUUUUUCUUAGAGCUUUUAAGAGGACUCCUGCAGCGGGAGAGUGAUGCACCACAGUGAUGUUUACACUGAGGGGGAAAAAACUGACUGAAGGCUACAUGGAGGCCUCAUAAAAAACACACACAUACACCUACCACAAUAAGAAUUAGUUAUUUUUUACUCUGUUAAAUACAAUAGAUAACCUCAGAGUCCAGUAGGACGCGUUGUCACCAAGCUUCUCCUCAUGAAUUUCACAACUCUGUUCUGGUUUCAUUUGGGAUUUUCCACUACCACACAUAUCUCUCCAGAGCCUUGCACAAUGCAUUGAUUGUAGCGUCUUUUACAAAGCGGGAGGAAGAGUUUUCCUGAAUCUUCACUCAUAUGGAGGUCAUCAGUCAAGUGAGAACCACGCCACGGUGAGAGAGAAAAAAAAAGGUUUUAUUUUUUGGUCGUCCUCUGCCAAGAUGUAGCGAGUGGUUCUUGUCCGACCCAGCAAUAACCAAAUGCUGAUUUGUCUUUGAGCAUAUACGUGUAUAUGGCAUUGCCAAUAACCAAAUCCUGUAAGCUCACCCGCUAUAGUUAGAAAAUGUUAUACAGCAUUUAUAAUCGAUCCUGCACCUUACAUUUAACUCUAGUGAUAUUUAAAAUGUACUCCUAAUUGUCUUCAUUUUUAUAAUUGUGGUAGUGUGUAAUCCGUGGCACGUUACGUCAAUUUGUAAGAGGACGUAAGAGAAGUCGUGACGCAUGGAGAGUCAGCCGUGCAAUGCAGUGUGUGGUGUUCGUGACUGUGUGUGUGUGUGUGAGAGAUGUGAAGAAGAGGCGGGAGAUGAGGAUCUUCAGAUCUACGUUAAGCUAAACAGCGCUUGAGCUUCCCCGAGUCAGGAGAUGGAGUAAUUUGUUGACUCUCAUCUUUUGCUUACAUUAAGCAAGCGCGCUCCUCUCCUGUAGAUCUGGCUUUGAGACGAUAUCGCACUUUUCUGUGACUUGUUAGUAAAACCUAAUGUACUCAGACCUACAGUAUCUAACGUUAAUGUUAACUUACAGCUCAUUUCCCAACUAAACCCGAUCUAUGUAAUUAGUUACCAAGAGUGUAUGGAUAAUAAUAUUCACAAAACCCUGCUUAUGUAGCUCAUUAAGUGUGCACAUUUCAUCAUGAUGUAUAUUGUGAAAUGAUCAACUUUAUAUUCCAAUGCCUAAAUCUCUCAAAGAGCACUGACAGUGAUUACUUUUGGCACAACAGAGCGAUGCACUAUAAACUACUCAACUACAGUGAUCUGUAGAAGCUGAUCAGAGUUAGAGGUCUAUAAUAAUACCGCUCAAAAACGUGUGGCUCUAUGUGCACUUUUGACAAUUGUUUGUCAUAAACCUACUGGAGUAGAAUUUAAAAAUAUAUAUAUAAUCAAGUCCUUGUCAGUAAAAAGUUCUUAUAUUGAAGGAGUAGUUUGACAUUUCUGGGAAGUACACACAUUUGUUUUUUUUUGCCGAAAGUUAAAUGAGUUUGUUUGUACAGUAUAUAUACGAGCUACGUAACCUAACGAGCACCUGGUUAGCUUAUGUAGCUUAGCACAAAGACACUAGAAACAAAGCGAAAUCGCUGCCAUGGCUCUUCUGAAGCUAAAAAAUAAAAUGUGUGCAGAAAGAAACAUAAAAAUGAUAAUUUUAUAUAAUUUUACUGGGGGUCAAAAUGUUAAAUCUAAAGCCAGUUAUCUCAUAAGCUAAGUAAACAAAGCUCUCUAAAGUCAUUCUCAGAUUUACUCGUCCAGCGGCUUCUUGCUCGCUCACAGUCUCUUCUCUUUUGUUAUUAUGUCCAUAAAGGCUGCUGAGCCCGAUUACAUUGUUUGCUCAGCCAGCUCCGGUUCUGGCAUGACACUGGCUCCGCCCCCUGUCAGCAUUCCCCUGCACCCCGGGUCUAAAAACCUCCUCUUAGCUUAGCUUAAAUACUGGAAAUAGGUGGGAAAAGGUGGCCUAGCUCUGUUCAAAUGUAACAAUAUCUGCUUACCAGCUGUGUCCCCUUGUUUCCAGUCUUUAUGCUGAGCUAAACUAACUGCUUCAUAUUUAAUGGACAAAUAUGAGAGUGGUAUCAAACUUCUCAUCUAACUCUCUACAAAGCAAAUACUUCCCAAAAUGUCAAAAUAGUCCUUUUUUUAAAAAUCUGACAUUUCAAUCGAUGAAUUAUCCAAAAAGAGUCUCUGUGCACUAUCGAUGCACUCCCGCACACUUUAUCUAUAGAUAGCCUACUUGUAGUGUAGCAUUAACCUGUAAAUAUUGUUAAGAUGUGUCUCUUCCUCGUGAUUAAUUCCUCAUGUUUACAUUUGGAGAUUCAGUUGAAUGUGCCCCCACGUGUGUCUUGGCUGGUACUACCGAAAGUUGGAAUUUGUGGAUAAGCUUUUGUAAAUGUAAUAAGCUGUUCAUUGUUUUAUUUAAAAGACAAAUUUAAGCACCUUAGUGUUGUCUUAUGUCUUAGCUCACCCCAGUUACAUGUAUUUUUUAAACUGCCAUGGUUAAAUGGUUAGGGCCACAUCAGAUGUUAUUUGAUAAUGGUACUCUGUCUUUUUUUUCCUUUCUUUCUUUAUUUCUUUUCUCUUCAUGUGUCUAACACGUGUUUUUGUAUUUUGAUUUGCUGCUUUUGUACAGGGUCCAGUUUGAGACUGCCCUUUAAAUGGAAAAAAAAAAAAAAAGUCUAGAGCUGUUAAAUUGUUGAAUAUAUUCUGGCUGUGAUAAAUCCAAUUUAGCCUUACUGGACAGAGUCAGAAAUGAGCUACAGUUUAGACAUUUGGAGCAGUUUGAUGAGGUAACUGCCAACAUUUUAUACCCAUCUAAGGUUUGAUCUGCUCAUCGAUAGACGGCCCUUCUGAUUGUCGACAGAGAGAGGACGAAAGGAAACCGGGUCAAUGUCAAACAAACAUAAGGACUGUUGCUCUCUUGUGGCAUCUUAGUAAACUGCACUCUGUCAGCAAUCCUACACUAAAGAAAGAGAAAAGCCUCCAUUAAAAGUACAUUAAAAAUGUACUUAAUCAAGUAUUUUCCCAUUUCACUGUUUUGAGAAGCACUAGCCCAAGAGACAAUACUGAGAAACUGUGGUUAUAGUUUGUGUAUUCGCCUUAUACUCGGAGGGAUUUUGAAUGUUUUUGUGUUGUGGAUGAUGGUAGUAGCUGAUGGUAAAGGAGGAGCGAUAGUAGUUAAUACUACUGAUUUAUGCACUUUGAAUUUGAUUGCUACACUAGCCCAUAAUGGGGAACAUGUGAUACAAGGUGAGAAAAAUAAGUAGCAGAGAUGUGUAAAGAUGAUUUCCACUAUUUAAUCUAAAUCCAAAGGCAUACAUUUCACUUUUAAAUGUACCGUCUGGAUAUUGAUGCUCAUAAAUGAUUAACAAAAAUCUAUAAACUAACCGUCAAUUUACGUGUAUUAUUUGUUUGAAUUUGAUCAGACUUUUGUGGGCAGUAAGUGGCAGACGGGGCGGCCUGACAGUUUUGUUUCCUAGAAUUACUUAUUCGCUGUUUGUGGCAUCUUGCACACUGUGUCAGUGCACCUAAACUUGUGUUUUGUGUGUUUCUGCCUGUUUUUCACUGUGCCGCUCUUUAACAAAGUAUUUGUGACGACUCCCCGAGGGUGCAUACAGUGCAGCUACGGCUGAUUGGUUUAGUCACUUAUCACUACCUUAAUCAAGAGAAAUUAGUUUUAGGUUGUACCAGUUUUCUCCUCCUAACAUGUGACUGUUAUAUUUCAGUCUGUGAGGAAAAUGUAAAGGUAGGUGUCAUUUGCCAAAUUGAGUAAUGAGAAAGAUAUUAAUUAUUGUGAGCACUUUAUUACUCCAAUUCAGCUAGCAAAGCUUUGAAGGCUGAAACAGUUGCAGUUAUUUGCUGACAGCAGGCGUGUGUUGUUCAGGGUUUUUUUUAAAUAUAUUUCCAUGGCAUAAAAUUAUAGGAAAUUACAAAAAUGCAGUCUCUGCCAGAAAUGUGUCCUUGGCAGGUGUUCAGUCCUCUGAAACAACAUUUUGUUUAGACCAAAGGGACAUCAAAACUGUUUGUUCAGACCCUGCAAAUAAAAUAAGCCCUACUAUAUGUACCUGCUUGUAAUCAGACUGAAAUAUUAUACUAGAAAACCUACUUAGGUUACAGACCAGUGUAGUAUUAAUCAAUGGCUGUUAAUUAUAAACAUCAUCAUUGAUCAUUUUGGAAGCACUGAGAGGUGAUCUAAUAAAAUUAAAAGCCAAACUUUAUCAAACUACUUGGUAAAUUGUAAAAAUAAAAAAAGUAAUGUAAAAGGUACACAUUAUAUUUCAUGUAUAGUGACACAGUGUUCAGAGGAAGUGUUGUGUGAAAGUCUAAAUCCAACGUAGAAAGCAGAAUUUAAAUGUUAAUCCUUUGUUUUGGAUUAUUUAGUGAACAAGUCUUCCCUAAAUCCGUCUCAGAACAAGACAAAACUCAACUGUGACGAACACUUAAUCAAGCUGUACAAUGAAUACGUGUCACUGACGGACAUUAAUGAGCCCCGACAUCUCCAAAAUCCUUAAAAAA